CAACAAUAAGUUUCACAAUACUCGAUGAAAUCUGAGGAAUAUUCAGUUUCGUUUUUGACCGGAUGACAGCUGAUAUUUCCCACUGCAAAAUUAUAUGCAAGUGAUAUAUACAUAACAGCAAUAGAAUGAGUCAAGCUGAAACAUUACAAGGUUUAGAUACAGCAUCUCAGAAACAUGAGCAGGAGCUUGUUAUUGAGCUGUCAUCUGACCGAAUUCUACAUUUUCUUGGAGUAUCAUUACCAAUACUUCUAGCGGUAGUUACCAAAAUUACAGAAAUAACAGGUAAUAAUCUUUCGUGUUUUACUAUUAAUGAACAAUCAGCAUCUGCAAGCUAUGUCAAACAUGCUACAACAUAUUGUUGGGAAGAAUCGCAAACCUUGCACACGGUUAAUAUAUCAUUUUAUGGACAAAAUGUAUCUUCGUGUGAAAAAGCGUUUGGCGAGAAUAAUUUGAGCCAUUCAUACAAUCCUUCAGAUUAUCUUGAUUGCUCUACAAGAGUUAAAAGAUUCAUACAAUGGAUGCCAUACGCAAUGCUCCUGGAGGCGUUUUUAUUUGCUCUUCCAAUGGCAUGGUGGCAUUUUAAAGUUGGAGCAAGAAUGAUGGGACAUUUAAAAUUUAUGCAAAAACUACUCGAAGAUAUAUACGAAAGCGUCAAACAAAUUCCCGCGGGAAUAUAUAGAUGUGAACCAUAUGACCAAGACGGGGAUUUACUCAAUUGUUGGGGUAAAGUUAAAAUAGAACAAAGCGAGGCAACUUCGAAACAGUCAAUCACAGCUUCAUCCACACGUCCAGGCCCAAGUAUUCAAGACCAACCUUCAGCAGGUGUGACAUACAAAAAAGACGGUUCCAAAGUAUCCAUACUAUCAUCUGAAAACGAUAGCAGCAGCAACGAUGUACAACACUCAAAUAAUGAUAUGAAUGCCUCGGUGAGUAGAGUAUCAUCUAGCUCUCAGCCAACGAUAACUCCCAAAGCAGACUCUAAAAUUGUUACUGCACAAAUAGAAUCAGUACCAACUUUACAAGCAAAGAAUGGACAAAGAGAUGGUGAAAAGUCAAAGGAUGAUCACAUCAAAAAUUGCCCAAAAGAUGAUUCGAAAACUGAAAAAACGGAAAGUUCUGUUUCAGCAAAAGAGACUACCACCGCAAUGAAUUUGUCUACUUCGCAAGAAUCUCUUACCCAACGAAACGCCGAGGAUAAAGAAAAGUCUGUUUCGUCACAGACAAAAACGGCCAAAAUAGGCAAAACUCGUAAACCUUCUAAUAGUUCAUCAGAAGAAAACGGGAAUUUUGAUCAUGACGAAAACAAACCACUUCUUACUCAAGAGAAUACAAGUUCUGAUAGCAUCAAAAAGGCCAUUGUUAGUGAAAAGCCAUCGAUAACACAAAAAGAUGAAAAUAUGGGUAAAUCUUCUACCCAAAAUAGCUCCGGCUCACAAAAUCGUACAGACGUGUCCAAUGUUGUUGGAACUUCAAAUGAAGAGGGAGAAAAUGUAUUUGAUGCGAAGAAAAGAAGUAUAAAAACAGUUAUAGAGCAUAUUACAAAACCGGAUUUUCACAGAUGUGAGGAUUCAAAAAAAAAAGAUGAUGAUCUUUCCUCAUCCUCAUUUGAAGAAAAACUUUUCAAUGGAAUGGAAGAUCGUCACAUAUUUUCAAUGCUUUGCUUUGAAAAUUUUGCCUCCUUACAACAUCAACCUUACCUAAAAUCAGUUCAUCAGUUACUGACUGUUCCAGAAUACGAAGAAGAUAAAUUACGAAUACUGCCGUUAAAAGAUGGCGUCAUGCGUCAAUUUUGUCACGAAAACAAUUUCAGAAGUCGCAGCAUUAUCAAGAUUUACCUAUUAAAGUGCAUUAUGAGCAUCACUAUUGCUUUAUCAAUUUUCAUAUCAUUGUGUUUUUCGUUCGUCUACGUGAUAUUGCCUACUCUUCAAAAAACUACAUUCCUAUGCGAGCUACCAUACCAUGCCGAAUGCUUCAGCUGUACCUUAUCUGGAUUAAUCAACGUUCAUGCAGCUUUCUUUGCGAAUUGCAUUGUCGUGACAAUUUACUUCGUCCUCUCCUGUUGUCAACUGUAUUACAUACGCUCAGGUUCUAAGUUGAAAAUGAGCCAAUUCUUUGAAGAUAUACGGACGCUCAGUUCAGUUGCUCUCGUUGCUGCUCACAAGGUUCCCCAGGAUAAAUAAUGAACACAGCUU